AUGAAUAUUUUCAAGAUAUCCAGUCUUCUAAGAGCUAGAUUAGAUAGGAAGGCUGAUGGUGGCUUCAAUAAUAUUCAAAUGAGAAUAUCUGUCGAAUUUUCUAUUCUAGAUGGAGAGAGAUGA